AUGCAGAGGACCUACACAGGAGAGACGUGCGCUGGACCAUUCCCCAUGGACCGGAGGGCACUCCUGGUCUUCAGCUUUGCCCUGGCAGCAGCUUUGGGUCAAGUGAACUUCACAGGAGACCAGGUUCUUCGAAUCCUGGCCAAAGAUGAGACGCAGCUGUCACUUCUCAGGGACCUGGAGGGCCUGAAGCCUCCUAAAGUGGACUUCUGGCGGGCCCCUGCCAGGCCCAGCCUCCCCGUGGACAUGAGAGUGCCCUUCUCAGAGCUGACAGAUGUCAAAGAUUACCUGGAGUCUCAUGACUUUGCCUACAGCGUCAUGAUCAAGGAUGUCCAGGUGCUGCUGGAUGAGGAGAGGGAGACCAUGGCCAAGUCCCGCCGGCUGGAACGCAGCACCAGUGACUUCAGCUACUCCUCAUACCACACCCUGGAGGAGAUAUACAGUUGGAUUGACAAUUUUGUAACUGAGCAUUCAGAUAUUGUCUCAAAAAUUCAGAUUGGCAGCAGCUUUGAGAACCGCUCCAUUCUUGUCCUGAAGUUCAGCACUGGAGGGUCUCGGCGCCCAGCCAUCUGGAUUGACACUGGAAUCCACUCCCGGGAGUGGAUCACCCACGCCACAGGCAUCUGGACCGCCAAGAAGAUUGUCAGUGAAUACGGCAGAGACCGUGUUCUGACAGACAUCCUGAAGGCCAUGGACAUCUUCAUAGAGCUCGUCACCAACCCCGAUGGGUUUGCUUUUACCCACAGCAUGAACCGUUUAUGGCGGAAGAACAAGUCCAUCAGGCCCGGAAUGUUCUGCAUCGGUGUGGAUCUCAACAGGAACUGGAAGUCGGGCUUCGGAGGAAACGGGUCUAACAGUAACCCCUGCUCAGAGACGUAUCAUGGGCCGUCCCCUCAGUCGGAGCCCGAGGUGGCGGCCAUAGUGGACUUCAUCACAGCCCACGGAAACUUCAAGGUGCUCAUCUCCAUCCACAGCUACUCCCAGAUGCUCAUGUACCCCUAUGGCCAGUCAGUGGAGCCGGUUUCGAACCAGAAGGAAUUGACACGGCCAGCGGGAUCACCGUGGACUGGGCCUACGACAGCGGCAUCAAGUACGCCUUUAGCUUCGAGCUCCGGGACACCGGGCAGUAUGGCUUCCUGCUGCCUGCCUCCCAGAUCAUCCCCACGGCCCAGGAGACGUGGAUGGCCAUCUGGACCAUCAUGCGGCAUGCCCUGACUCACCCCUACUAGCAGUGGGACCGAGGGCAGGGCAGGAGGGCCCAUCCUCUCCCCAAGGCCCGGGGCUCCCCCUGGCACCCCAGUGGUGCAUCCCCACCCUUGCCCGGAGCCCUCAGCAAAUGAACACGUGUUUGAACAGG